AUGAGUACUAAUGAUCGAAUCCCAUCCAAUUUACCGAUUCUUGAUUCGAAGAAUUACGACAAGUGGUCUAAACAAAUGAAGGUCUUGUUUGAAUAUCAAGAAGUUCUCGAUAUCGUCAACAAUGGUGUCACACCUCUUGGGGCUGAACCUACAGCUGCACAUCAAGCCACUUUCAGGGAAGAGAAGAAGAAAGAUUACAAAGCUCUCUUCUUGAUACACUCUUGUGUCGAUGGUGAUAAUUUCGAAAAGGUCGGUGAUUGCGAGUCCGCGAAGCAAGCUUGGUUAAUUCUUGAGAAAGCAUAUGUUGGGGCUGCGAAGGCGAAGGUUGUGAGAUUCGACAACAUUGUGGUUGCUAUUGAAGAGUCGAAGGAUCUUACGUCGCUGAGCAAGGAUGAGCUUCAAAGUUCCCUAGAAGCACAUGAACAAAGAAUGGACGAGAGAGGAAGCGAUAAGGCAAAGGCGGAGUUAGCUUUGCAAGUUCGUUUCAAUGAAAGGAGUAAAGGUUCGAAAGGGAAACAAGGCGAUGGUGAAUCUAAACAUUCGAAGGGACAAAAGGGUGAGAGCAGCAACUCAAAUGGUUAUGGUGAUCGAAGCAACGCGAGAGGUGGAAAACCAAGAGAUAUGAGCAAAGUACAAUGCUGGAAAUGUAAGAAACUUGGGCAUUUUCAAUCAAAGUGUGGUGCUAAACAGCUUGAAACUAAAGGGGAUGAAGCCAAGGUUGUUAGGCAAGAGGUGGAUGAUGAAGCCACACUCUUAAUGAUGAUUACCGAUGAGUGUGACGGCAUGACAGAGGUGCUGGACAUCACCUGCAAGUCACGGGACAGCAGCUGCAGCAGUGCAGAAAAAGCGACAGUUUUAAGUUCGGAACAAAAUGUGAUGAUUUUGGUUCGUGAUGGAACUCAAGGCAAAGAGGAGUGGUACUUAGACUCCGGAUGUUACAACAUACGGUUGGAAGAUAAGAUCUUGCGGGUUGUUGAUGCUAGUGGUGUGUUGAUCCUAAAGGCUCCCAUGGCUACCAAUAGGACUUUCAAAGUUGAGCUGAAAGUAUUGGAGCAUAGGUGCUUAGCUACAGCUGCAAGUAGAGAGGAUUGGUUAUGGCAUUAUCGUCUCGGAAAGCAACACAAAGGAAGUUUUAGCAAGGAUGCGGGUCAUAGGACCAAUGCACACCUUGAGGUGGUGUAUUCCGAUGUUUGUGGACCUAUGCAAGUGGACACAUUUGGUGGCAAUCGAUAUUUUGUCACGUUCAUUGACGACUUUAGUAGAAAGUUGUGGACUUACGUCAUCAAGAGAAAGGAUGAGGUGUUUGAUGUAUUCAAGAGGUUUAAGUCCAUGGCGGAGAGGAAAUGCGGUCGCAAGUUGAAAGUUCUCAAAACGGACGGUGGAGGUGAGUAUACCUCAGUUGCGUUUGGGAAGUAUUGUGAUGAUGAGGGUAUAGUGCGUGAGGUUGUACCACCCUAUACGCCGCAGCAAAAUGGUAUUGCCGAGAGGAAAAAUCGCUCGAUUAUGAACAUGGUUCGAAGCAUGUUAAGCGGUAAAAAUCUACCGAAGGAACUAUGGGGAGAAGCGGUCUCUACAGCCACAUACUUAUUGAAUCGUUGUCCUACGAAGAAGCUUGAGAAGCUUACACCGGAAGAGGCUUGGUGUGGAUUCAAACCGAAUCUAAGUCAUUUGCGUGUAUUCGGUUCGUAG